AUGUACGUGGGUGCAUGUGCAUGGUGUCAGGAGAAGGUACGGAAGGAGAAGGAGAGGGAGAAGGCGAGGGAGGAGAAGGCAAGCAAGGCAGCAAGCAGUGGGGGAGCCAAGAGGAAGAGCAAGGAGGGCGCGGGAGGGGGCGGGGGGGAGGACGGCAGCAAGAAGAAGCGCAAGAAGAAGGACCCAGACGCGCCCAAGCGUGCCCUCUCUGGCUUCAUGUACUUCAGCCAGGCUCAGCGCGAGCAAGUGAAGAAGGACAACCCGGGCAUUGCAUUCGGGGACAUCGGCAAGCUGAUAGGCGAGAAGUGGAAGAAGAUGUCAGGGGAGGAGAAGGCGCCAUACGAGAGCAAGGCGCGGGAGGACAAGGCACGGUAUGCGGACCAGAUGCGCUCCUACAAGGGCGGUGCUGCUGAUGAUGACACUCAAGACUAG